CCUCAGCCCUGACGCCCUUGGCCUCUUUUCAAACUGUGUAAUAAAACAUGACAGCUGACCCUGCGCCUCCCGAGCUCGAGCCGCAGGUCUGCAGUGAGCAGCCCAGAGCCGAGGCUGAGACCAGUCCUCAGCCCAGCCCCACACCCGUCCAACGUGUCACCACCUCCUCCCCCAGUCCUGUCCCAUGGAGCCUGCUGCUGCCCGGGGCAGAGCUGGCCUAGUCUCUGUGCCCCUGUCAGGCACCCCUACCCUUAACCCCCCAGCCCACCGCUCCCGACAGUGGGUUAUGCCUUCCGCUCCUUUGUAUAUAACGCAGGCGACAGGACAAGCCCUCAUGGUUUGAGACGGGUUGUCUUUUUUUACUUUAUACUGUUAUUUUUAUUAAUUUUUAAUUUAAACCUGCUGACCUGCACACCUCCUCAGCUGAGGGUCAACCCACAUGGUCAGUCCCAUGGGCCUGGAUGUUCACCCUGCCCACUUGGGGGGUAGCUUCCAGAACUCACCCCAGCCCACCCAGGACUCCCCAACCUCAGAGCCAAGCCAGCCCCUUGGUCUGGCCUUCAGGGCCUCUGGGCUAUCAUCUGGGGGAUGCCACCUCCCUCCGAGUAGGAACAGAAUAAAUGUUUGUAUGAACUUUAGAUUUCAUAGUGUGUUGUGCUUUGGGGGCCAGACAGGACCCUGACACGUGCCCGGUCAAGAAAAAUGGAAACGACUCCCAUGUUCAAGCCAGCUCUCAACCCAUGGGCCCAUGCCACCCAGCAUGGGGACCUGUGAGACACCGAAGCUCUAGGUAGGCUGUGCUCGACAGCCCUUCCCUGAGGGCACCUGGCUGUUGUGCAGGCUGGUGGUGCGCCUUCAUUCCCUUUUGCCUGUUAGGAGCCAAGGUCCAAGGUGGAGACUUGGAGUCCCUGGUGUCCUGAGGAAUGGCCUGACAAUCUAGGCCACUCUGUCCCCGUCAGGAAACAAGCUUUGCAACACUCACAUCCAAUGUGACCUCAGCUUGAUUGGCUGCCUCUUGGCACUUAUCUGUGGGGCAGAGUAGGCCUGGAGCCAUGCAGGGAAACCUGGGUGUGACAGUCAGGGUCUAAGGGAGCUUCCUUGGCUAAGCCUGGCUUCCACUCUCACGGGUAUCCUUGAGCAAUCUGUCCCCUCUUCUAUCUUGUGUAAACAAGGUUUUUUUUUUUAAAUAAAUAAAUAAAUGGUGCCCAUGUAUUCGCAAAAACCCAGGUCCAUCGUGGGCACUUCAGUGGGUAUCUCUGCCUAUGUCCUGCCCAGUGAUGUCAAGGUCCCCUAGGGGUUGACCCCAGGGCAGAAGACCAGCCAACAGAGACCUUUCUGCUAGCUAACCCUGGCUCUGCACUGAAAGCCUCAGGCCUAUGUUUGUCAGUGCACUUGUACUCAAAACUUGAAAAGGUGCAGGAACUUUCCAGAGUUUGCCGUUCUGAUGGUGGAGGCACGAUCCUGAGUGCCAUGCUUACCCCAGCCACCAAUUCAUUCAUUCCUGCCAGCAUACACUGGGUGACAGGAAAUGGACAUGACCACUGAGGGAGAGACCUUGGGGGUGGUGAGCAGGUGAGGUGGGCUGAUGGGAUAUCAGCUCAGAGUUGACUCCUCACAGCCUCUUCAGGGUGUACCCUGGCCAGGCCCAGCACCCCUGGUUAACGUUACAUAGUAUAGCUACUGUACACAGAUGUUCAACAUGGCCACCUGUGCCUUGUAGACUCCUUUUCCCAGUAGACAUUCGGGACACUGGAACUGAAUACAGGACCGGGCUCAAACAUGCUCAUUAGUGUGCAACCUUCCGACUCCAUGUCCCACAGGGCAUCUCUGGGCUUCAGCAAUGUCCAGUCAAGGCAGAUUGGGGCUGGAUUAUACUCUACUUAGUGUGCUUGGAAGACCGUCUUCCCAAGUGCAGGAGAUGAGGAGAGACAACUGGCUUCAGAACCUGGGUUCCAUGUGGCCCAUGUCUGUCAUCACAGCACUUGGGAGGCAGAGGGUCGAGGACUAGGAAUUCAAGAUCAUCUGCCCUCUCCUACAUAUUAAGCUUGAGACCAGCUUGAACUUAACUCUUGCCCCACAGAAUGAAGCUCAAGACUACUGACCCCACCUUCUCCAGGCCCCUCCCCUACAUCCCAACCAUGCCCUGGUCUGGUAGCUCUCCAUCCUUUUGCAUGAUCCUGACCCCCUGGAUCAUGACUUCACCCUUUUUUCAAUUCUCCUACGUUUGGCCUUAGCUUGGCCUCGCCUGCAGAGACUCCUCUCUACCCCUACCUGCCUGAACUCUUCUCAAGGCUUCCCUGUCCUUUCUACCCGUGCCCAAAACCCUUCCUUCAUGGCCCAUGACUCAUGACUCCACCCAUAAAGUAUAGCUCCACCCACGAGACGUGAAACCACCCACGGAGCGUGGCUUUAUCCACUACGCCCAGGCUGCCCUUAAAGUCUGGGCUCCGCCCAUGAGGCGUGGCACAAUUCAUUCUUGCUCCACCCAUAAGCAAGGCCCGCAACUCAAGGUUGGCCACGCCCAAACGUCAAGAGCCCCGCCCACCCGCCUAGCUCCUAAGACACGGCCCCGCCCACACCCCUAGAACCUAGCCACGCCCACAACUCCGGGCUCUACUCUUAUCCUCUGUUUAUUCAUCUAGGCCCCACCUUCUCCAGGCCCCGCCCCUGUCUCCUGGUCCUACCCUUCUCCCCACUCUUUAACUUCAGGCCUUAAGGCUCUAGUAGGCCCCGCCCCCUUCACAAUGCCCCGCCCCACGAGCCCGCGCCGCCCGUUUCUGACCGGUUGGCACCAGGCUAACAGCUCCACAACAUCGUUGGCCCUGGACGCCGCUGGCGGCCCGCCCUAGGCAGCCAGGCCCCACUAAGCCCAGCCCUCGCAGCCCCACCAGCAUGGAUGAUGCUCACCUUGAGGAGGACCUCGAGGAUAAAGACACAGAGUUCACCUGGGAGGUGAAGGCCAAUGACCGAGCCUACCACAAGCAGUUCAGGAAGAAGGGCUUCCUGUGCUGGAGGCAGAAGAAGUACAAGAGCAACGCCAUCCACACUGCCAAAUACAAUGUCUUCUCCUUCCUGCCUCUGAACCUGUACGAGCAGUUCCGUCGUGUGUCCAAUCUCUACUUCCUUUUCAUCAUCAUCCUGCAGAGCAUCCCGGAGAUCUCCACACUGCCCUGGUUCACGCUCUUUGCGCCUCUGGUCUGCCUGCUCAUGAUCCGGGCCGCCCGUGACCUGGUGGAUGACAUUGGUCGACACAGGAGCGAUAGAAUCAUCAACAACAGGCCUUGCCAGAUCCUGAAGGGGAAGAGUUUCCUGUGGAAGAAAUGGAAGAAUCUAUGUGUGGGGGAUGUGGUGUGUCUCAGCAAAGACAACAUUGUCCCGGCAGACUUGCUCCUGCUCGCCAGCACAGAGCCCAGUAGCCUGUGCUACCUGGAAACGGCAGACAUCGAUGGAGAGACCAACUUGAAGUUCAGGCAGGCUCUGAUGGUCACACACCAUGAACUUACUAGCCCGAAGAAAAUGGCUUCCUUCCAGGGCAUAGUGACAUGUGAGGAACCCAACAGCCGGAUGCAUCAUUUUGUGGGGAGCCUGGAAUGGAACAGCAGGAAGUACCCGUUGGACAUUGGAAACCUCCUCCUGCGGGGCUGUAAGAUCCGCAACACAGACACCUGCUAUGGCCUGGUCAUCUAUGCUGGUUUAGACACAAAGAUCAUGAAGAAUUGUGGCAAGAUUCAUCUGAAGAGGACCAAGCUGGACCUGAUGAUGAACAAGCUGGUGAUCUUGAUCUUCAUGUCACUGGUGAUUGCUUCCAUGUUUCUAACACUGGGCUUCGCCUUCAUGGUGAAAGAGUUUAAAGCCAAGCAUCACUACAUGUCAUCGAUGCAAGGGCGCACGGACGCAAUGGACUCCUUCUUCAUCUUCUGGGGCUUCCUCAUCUUGCUCAGCGUUAUGGUGCCCAUGGCCAUGUUUAUCAUCGCCGAAUUCAUCUACUUAGGCAACAGCAUUUUCAUCAACUGGGACCUCAGUAUGUACUAUGAGCCCCUGGACAUACCGGCCAAGGCCCGCAGCACCAGUCUGAAUGACCACCUGGGCCAGGUGCAGUACAUCUUCUCAGACAAGACCGGGACGCUGACACAGAACAUCAUGACCUUCAAGAAGUGCUGUAUCAAUGGCUGUACCUAUGAUUCAGACGACGAGCACGGGACACUCCGAAAGCGGAACCCAUAUUCCUGGAACCCAUUCGCUGACGGCAAACUCCAGUUCUACAAUAAAGAGCUGGAAUCCCUGGUGCGAGGCAAGCAGGACCGAGCAGUACAGGAGUUCUGGCGGCUGCUGGCCAUCUGCCACACCGUGAUGGUGCAGGAGAAAGACAACCAGCUGCUGUACCAGGCUGCCUCCCCUGAUGAGGAGGCACUGGUCGCCGCUGCCCGGAACUUUGGCUACGUGUUUCUGUCUCGGACCCAGGACACGAUCACCCUGGUGGAGCUGGGGGAAGAAAGGGUCUACCAGGUUCUGGCCAUGAUGGAUUUCAACAGCGUUCGCAAACGGAUGUCAGUGUUAGUCCGAAACCCAGAGGGCUCCAUCUGCCUCUAUACCAAGGGUGCCGACACGGUCAUCUUGGAGCGUCUUCACCAUAAGGGUGUCAUGGAGGCCACCACAGAGGAGGUCUUGGCUGCCUUUGCAGAGCAGACCCUGCGCACCCUGUGCCUGGCCUACAAGGAUGUGGCGGAGGAUGCCUACAAAGAAUGGGAACCGGAACACCAGGAGGCCGCCCUCCUGCUGCAGAACCGCGCGCAGGCCCUGCACCAGGUGUAUAAUAAGCUGGAGCAGAACCUGCAGCUGCUGGGAGUCACAGCCAUUGAAGACAAACUGCAAGAUGGUGUCCCUGAGACUAUCAGAUGCCUCAAGAAGGGGAACAUCAAAAUGUGGGUGCUGACCGGGGACAAGCCAGAGACCGCGGUGAACAUCGGCUUUGCGUGCCAGCUGCUGUCAGAAAACAUGUCAAUUCUGGAAGAUAAGGACAUCAAAGGUUUACUGGAGAACUAUUGGGACGAAAAUGAACACCAGAGGGCAUUCCAGACGAUGACCCAUCACAACAUGGCCUUGGUUAUCAAUGGAGAAUUCUUGGAUCAGCUGCUCCUGUCCUUGCGCAAGGAGCCCCGAGCCCUGGUCCAGAAUGCAGUGGUGGAUGAGGCCACCCAGGAGCCGGGUGUGUCUGCGUUAGACUUCCUCCAGGCACGGAGGAUCUCCCAGAUGUGGAGAAACUUUGGGACCACCAUGGCAACAUCCCAGUCAGACGCCUCCAAGACUCGAGAGAGCCCCGAGGAGCGGAGGGAGAGGGCCUUUGUAGACCUGGCCUCCAAAUGCCAGGCUGUCAUCUGCUGCAGGGUGACACCCAAGCAGAAGGCCCUUGUGGUGGCAUUGGUGAAGAAAUACCAGCAAGUGGUGACGCUGGCCAUCGGAGACGGAGCCAACGAUGUGAACAUGAUCAAGACUGCGGACAUUGGCGUAGGGCUGGCGGGCCAGGAGGGCAUGCAGGCGGUUCAGAACAGUGACUACGUGCUGGCCCAGUUCUGCUACCUGCAGCGCUUGCUGCUUGUGCACGGGCGCUGGUCCUACAUGCGAAUCUGCAAGUUCCUGCGCUACUUCUUCUACAAGACCGUGGCCAGCAUGAUGGCCCAGAUAUGGUUCUCCCUGUUCAACGGCUUCUCUGCUCAGCCCCUGUAUGAAGGCUGGUUCCUGGCUCUCUUUAACCUGCUGUAUUCCACGCUCCCAGUCCUGUACAUUGGUCUGUUUGAGCAGGACGUGACUGCAGAGAAGAGUCUAAAGAUGCCCGAACUGUACACGGCUGGCCAGAAAGACGAGCUCUUCAACUACAGUAUUUUCGUGCAAGCCAUCGCCCACGGCACCAUCACAUCCCUGAUCAACUUCUUUGUGACGAUUUUGGUCAGCUAUGACAUGACCAAGACUGGCAGCUCCCCUGACUACCAGUCCUUUGGGGUACUGGUGGCCAUAUCUAGCCUACUGUCAAUCACCCUGGAGGUUAUCCUUGUCGUCAAGUACUGGACGCUCCUGUUCGUGGGCACCGUUGUGGUCAGCCUCAGCUCCUACGUAAUCUUCACGAGCCUCACUGAGAGUCUAUUGUUGUUCAGGAUCUCACCAAAGACCUUCCCAUUCCUGUUCGCUGACUACAAUGUGAUCCGUGAGCCCUCCAGCCUGCUGGUGAUUGUCCUCAAUGUGACCCUGAACACUCUGCCCAUGCUGGCUGUGCGCAUCAUCCGAAGGACGGUCUUGAAACGGCACCCCAAGAAAGAAGAGGAGGUCCCAAGUGAAGAAUUAACAGUGGAGCCCGCCAUGCGGCUUCGCCGUGGGAUGCCAGCCCGCCGCUCCAGCUAUGCCUUCUCCCACCAUGAGGGCUACGCAAACCUCAUUACCCAGGGCACCAUCCUGCGCAGGCAUACGCACGUGGAUGAAUUUUAUGGGGACACAGCCUGCAAUUCCCCGAACCCAUCCGAAGAAGACGUACCUUGGCAACACAAAGAAUCAAUAUUUAAUCCGCGAAAGAUCUCAAUCCUGGCCAAGAAGAGACGCCAGCACUACGGAAAGGGGUCUCAGGGAGAGGUCCACCCCAACGCUAGCUCCCAGACCACGGAGAAACAGACCGCCAUUAACAUAGACAACCAUGAGACUAAGAAGCUACCCACCACCACAAGUGCCAUGUCAGGACAGCUCCAGGUGUCCUCGUCUGAGGAUCAGGCUUUCUACAGUGCGCUUUCACAGUACAGUCUGGCAAGCCGGCCGGAACGCAUGGAUGUCCGGUCCUCAUCCUGGAAGGGCCCUCUCUUGAGGGAUUCAGCCUCUUCGAGGUCAAGCCAUCUGGAAGUAACCACACAGCUACAUAGCCACACCUCCAGUUGACCAGAAGCCUCUCACUGGGGGAUUCCCAGUCGUCAAGGACAAUGCCACAGUCACCCGGGAGUGGACAGAGCCCUAACGUGGAACAAGCGCAGUCUCCCAUGGUGCGCAUGUCAGUGCGCCUUCAAGUCAGAUCACCACGCAGCUCACGUGCUUAGCCAGUCAACGAACAGCAUCCAAAGACAAGAGGAGGGGCACAUCCUUGCCUUUUUCUAAUAAAACAGGGUCCCUCUGGCCGCAGGGCUUC